CAAUAUUUGAACAGUUGUUCAAUUUUAUUUGCUCUGAGACGGGGUAUAAAAAGGUUUGAAUAAUUCAAUGGGUUGAACUUUUAUGUCGACAACAACAAUGAAUUUUCUUCGAUUUUCCCUUCAGAUUUUGAUCGCAUGUGUUGUCGCAUUGGAGGCUAAGGUAUUCACCGAAUGCGAACUGGCACAGAAACUAAGCGAACUUAAUUUCCCAAAACAAAACAUUCCAGGCUGGGUUUGCACCGCUAAAAGCGUCAGUGGAUUGGAUACAAAUUACUAUAAUAAAACUGGCGAUUUUCAAUCUUUCGGCUUAUUUAAGUUAGAUAAUGAAUAUGCGUGCCAACUAAACCAGAAAGGAAAUGAAUGCAAAGCAAGAUGUGAUUCGUUAAAAGGCGAUGAUAUAACUGAGGCAGCGAAAUGCGCUUUAAAGCUUUUUGAAACAUUCAAUUUCAUGUAUUGGAAACCAACGAAUGACCAUUGUACCUCUCAAACAACUUUGACAGGCUGUAGCUACUAAUAAAUAAUAUACCUAAUAUAACCUGUAAUAAAAUGUUAAAGCAAUAAUGUAAUAAAUGCGGUUUAUAAUGGACAUUUUUAAACUAAUCAGUUUUUACGUAAAAUGCCAAAUAAUCUACACAUAUGGAAAACAUCAAGGAACGAAAGUUAACAAUCCAAUUAAUUAUAACACUAUGCAGUCAGAAUAAUUAAAAACUAUUUGUUUGUGUUAUUGUUAUUACUUAUAAGAAAGUAAAAAUAAAAACGUUGAAUAUUUAA